CGUGGUUGUGUAGCUUGCUGACUCUCUCCCGCUAUUCUCGCCUGUCCAACCGUCUCGGGCAUCGCUGGAAUCUCGCUUUUUCAUUCACAUAAGAAAAUACAAAAGGCCCCAGGUACUUCAACACAACCUAUAGAAUGUCUUUUGCCAGCUUGGGAUCUUGAUCUUUUUGCCGGAGUAAUUAGCCUGGCAAGCAGAAAGAACUGAUCCAGAAGCGCGCUCCCAUUCACCCCGCGCCCCAAACCUUUCCUGGGACAUCGUUCCCGGUCCAACAACUCCCUGUACACUCAAAACCCAACGCCGCAACCAUGGGCCUCGGGGUGCUUGACGACCGCAAGCUCGACCACGUACCCGGGACAACCUACGUCCUGGACGAUGAUAGCAGUUCGAUCGAACAGAUUCCGUCCGAGACCUCUCAUCUCAAAUACGACCGCAGCGGCCCCGUACCGAUCAUCCUUGUUCCUCAGCCCAGCGACGACCCGAACGACCCCUUGAAUUGGCCGCUAUGGCGCCGCGACUUGAUCCUCACCAUCCUCUCCCUCAUCUCCGUCAUCUGCGCAACUACAAGUCCUCUGAUGGCCGCAAAUACGGUCACCAUUGCCGCCGAAUUUGAACGUACCUUCACGGACAUCGCCUUGCUCACCGGAUACCAUCUCUGUGCCGUCGGCGUGGCCGGCUUCCUUUUCGUCCCAACCGCCCGUAUCUGGGGCAAGCGCCAUCUAUUCCUGCUCGGAAAUGUGAUCAUAAUCUUUAGUUGCGCCUGGGCUGGCGCCAGCGGAACCAAUUACAAGAGUCUCCUUGCAGCACGCAUAUUCCAAGGAAUUGGCCUGGCUCCGUUCGAAGCACUGGUGAAUGCCGCCGUGGGGGAUCUCUAUUUCGUCCACGAACGUGGAAAACGAAUGGCUGUCUCGAACGUGGCUCUUUUCGGAGGAGCUUUCUUGACUCCUGUUCUCGUCGGCAAAAUUACUGCGUCGAUGGGCUGGGCAUGGACGUUUAAUUUUGUCGCCAUAUUCGCCGGCCUUUGUUUGCCCUUCGUUUUCUUCUUCGUCCCCGAAACGGCAUUCAGACGAGCGACCCACCUCAACACGGACUUUGAAGGUGAUGCCGAGAGAAACCGUAACCCCAGGGAUGUAAGGUAUCAAGAGGAGAUGUCAAAUCGUACAUCGGACCAUUCCGGCAGUGGAACGAAUGGAGAGCUCCAGACGGACGGAAAGUCAGACUCGGCAAAUGAAAAGGAGAUGAAAGAGGACACCGCUAUCACCGGAACGGCAGGGCGACCUGGCGCUGCAAAAGCAGCAUUUUUACAAUCCCUGCGAUUAUUUAAUGGCCGGAAGACAGAUGAAGACUUUUUCAAGCUGCUUCUGCGGCCGUUGCCGCUUUUCUUCCAUCUUGGGAUCCUUUGGGGCUGUCUGAUCCAAGGAGUCAUCAUUGGGUGGACUGUGUUCAUCGGUGUAGUCCUGGCUGCACUCUUCAUAGGCCCACCCCUAUGGUUCAAUGAGGUCAAAACAGGUUACCUUUACACAGGCGCCUUUGUCGGCUCGCUCCUGGGUCUGAUCCUCUCGGGCCUGCUGUCCGACUGGUCCGCUAGGGUCAUGAUCAAAUUCAAUAGAGGCAAAUAUGAGCCUGAGUUUCGCAUUGUCCUCGUUUUUCCCAUGCUUAUCUUCAGCUGUGCCGGCCUGUAUGGGUUUGGGUAUAUCUCCGGGGACAUUACAAGAUACGGAUGGCUUCCGGCCGAUAUUUUCUUCGCACUGGUGAUUAUUGGAAUGGUGCUGGGUGCCGUGGCAAGCGCAUUGUACCUAGUCGAUGCUCAUCGCCAAAUCGCUGUUGAGGCAUUCACCUGCCUUCUCGUGUUUAAGAAUAUGUUUAGCUUUGUCCUUACAUACUUCGCAUACGAUUGGGUUGUUCAUGGUGGUCAAAAGCAGGUAUUCAUCAUUAUUGCCAGCAUCCAGGUGGGCAUCUGCCUCCUGAGUGUUCCAAUGUACAUUCUAGGGAAACGUAACCGCUCCUUUUUCCACCGGCAUGAUAUCCUUAAGAUCCUGCACUUGUGGUAG